UGAUAUGUCACAAAAAACUGACAAGUGACAACUUUGACAUGUUGUGAUAACCAGAGCAAAAAGAAAAAGUUGGUUUUCGAGACUCACGAAACUACUUUCUAGGACUUCCAAUUCUAAUUAUCCAGAAUUACAUGUAGAAUUUUAAAGAUGAGGGAAAUUAUAACAUUCAUAGCAAUAUCAUGUGCACUGUUUGCACUUACACAGGCGCAGUCCUACGACGACAAAAGAUGCAAAUGUAUUUGUCCGAGCAUCUCCUCAGUGACCAACAGCACAGAAACUUCCCACAUGGCUAGAAUCAUGUACAUCACUAAUGUUCCACCUAAACAAUGUAAUUGUGAUGGCGUCAUCCUCCCAAGAAUAGGCAGGGAGCUGCAAGGCAAAGAACAAGAAUUUUGUCCACGUUGUGAAUGUAAGCACGAAAACAGAAACACAGGCAUUAUUAAAGUGGUUGUUAUUAUUGUCAUUUGGGUGAUCUCCAUACUGGUUAUUUACAUGGCCUUUUUAAUAAUUCUCGAUCCACUGCUCAACAAAAGAAUCAAAGGCAGCUACCAGGAACAUACUAAUGAAGAUGAUGAGGCCAGUACGGCUGGUCCUAUGUAUCAUAAUAUGAGUCUUCGAGGAAAUGUAUUGAAUCGAGUGGGACAUCAACAGGAUAAGUGGAAGAAACAAGUAAAGGAACAGAGGCGUAAUAUUUAUGAUAGACAUACCAUGUUGAACUAAAGUAUGUAAAAGUGUAAUUGAUAUUUUUGUGAUUGCAAGAUAGUAAAUUAUUUGGGCUCUAUAAGAGCUUAUUUUUUAUGUUGUCGUAGAUUAUUUACAAAGUAGUGACAUCAGAGUUGUAGAUUAAAGGAUUAUAUUGUGAGUUGUUGAUGGAAA